AUACAAACAUCACAGAGGAGCGCUUUACAUUAUUCUACGAAUGAUCCGAAUGAUUCGAAUGAUCCGAAUGAUCCGAAUGAUUCGUUUGAUCCGAUUGAUUCGUUCAUAGUUUUGACGGCUUCCCUAAGGGAAAAGUGGAUGAACAAAGAAUUACCAUUAAUAACAUUUCGAUUCCAGCAAAAAAAUUUCAUUCUCCUGUUAAUACGUCGACAGAUGUCAAUGACGUACAAUCGGAUUCAUCAAGUGAUGAUAUUGCUGGUCACUCAUUUGGAUUUGCCGUCAUACCAUCGAAUAUGCUUAUGACAAUGGACGAAAAUAUUGUUGAUUCUAAAAUUGUUUUACCCUCGUUACCAUUCGCUAAUCGUGAUGUCGCAUCGACUAAGUCUUCAGAUUCGUCUGAAAAUAUUUUUUCCGCAUUAUUGACUGCCGCCGAUUUUAGCGAUCUGGACAACGUUUACAACAACAAGGAUGAACGACGAAAUGCUCGACGACCUGUAAAAACUUCAAGCGAUAUUAGCGACUUUGCCUUCAAUUUGAAUAGUCCUUGCUCCUCACGAGCAUUUUCUCCUAAACGUUCAUACCUUACACCUGACAGCAGCUGA